ACAUCUCCGGAGGCGAAGGUAGUCGUAUGUGAGAGGGUUGCACAAGAUAUCCAGGGCGAAGGGGGCUGCUUUUCAGGCUUUGUUGAGCUAACCAACCGCGUGAAUUUUAGCGUUCGUUUUCGCUCUUGCUCUUUGAGCCCAAGCCCUAUCGCAUGUGUUCCGAUGAACUCUACUGGACCUAGGUACCUACUCCCAUUGAUGCUGAAACGCCACGAUAACCGUUUCCUCAAGUACGAGACCCAGACGCCAACCGUCACACACCUUUCCCCUACAUGGCCGCAAACGCCGAACUACAUAGCGUCUACUUCAAUAGUACGCCACCCACAACCUCCGGAACUUUUCCUGAACCAAGUUUCACAUGACAGUCUCAUUGUUUCAUGCAAUUGA